CAGGCAUCUGGUCACACUCGCCAUUAGUCAUUUUUUACACAAUAAACGCAAUUUAAGCGAAUUUGCAAUCCCUAUUUGUCGGAUAUAGACGAGAUCGAAAAGAUUAAAGGAGUCCGCAAACCAUUGAGGAAAAGGCCCAAAGAUUUCUGCAGGGAAAAGCAGCCGGAAAGUCGCCUUGUGAACGUUGUGACGCCGUGAAAAUCGAUUUCAAGGGGAAAACAAUAGGGAAACCAGACAAAGAUUGACUGACUUGGAUUUUAUUGACCCCGGGGCAGCACAGAUUGUUGGCAGGUAGCCGAGCGAGCAGAGCGUUGGUCAUAAAGAUGGGAAUCUUUGGGCAGUCGUCGCCAUUCGACGCCGACGUGGAAAAGGCCACCAGCGAGACAAAUACGAACGACAACUGGUCACUGAUCCUGGAUGUGUGCGACAAGGUCUCGACCAAUCCUCGCUUGGCCAAGGACUGCUUGAAGGCGGUGAUGCGCCGUAUGGGCCACAGCGAUCCCCACGUAGUGAUGCAGGCGAUUACGCUUUUGGAUGCUUUGUCCAAUAACUGCGGAAAACCCCUCCACUUGGAAGUGGCUUCGAGGGACUUCGAGACCGAGUUCCGCCGGCUGCUGGGCAAGGCUCAGCCCAAGGUUUCGCUGAAAAUGCGCCAAGUGCUGAAGAACUGGGCUGAAAACGACUACAAGAACGAUCGGGAGCUGGACUUGAUACCAGCCCUCUAUACCAAGUUGCGUCUAGAGGGCUACGACUUCAAGAAUCUGGGCGAUAAGGCCAGCAAGUCAGUUGCCGAAAAGGCCGCUGCACUGCCCAAAGAUCCCAAUGUGGUUAGCAGCCAGCAGGAGGAGGACGACAUCGCCAAGGCCAUCGAACUGUCGCUGAAGGAGAACAAGGGUAGUCCAAAGACUGCCAGUGGAACGACUGGCGGCACCUCAAGUGCCUAUCCGUCGUUGUAUCCCUCUUUUGGGGGAGCCACCUCCAGCGCUCCUAGCAGUGAAACGAUUGCAACUCCUGCUCCGGAGCCAAGAAAGGUUCGCGCCUUGUACGAUUUUGAGGCGGCGGAGGAGAACGAACUGACCUUCGUAGCGGGUGAGAUUAUUCAUGUAAUGGACGACAGCGAUCCAAACUGGUGGAAGGGCUACAACCAGCGGGGCGAAGGGCUCUUCCCCUCGAACUUUGUCACUGCCGAUCUGUCCGUUGAUCCAGAGCGCCUGGACAUCAAUCAACAGCAUAUGUCGGCCGCCGCCGCAGGGCAGAGAGAGUUGGACUCCGCUGCGGCCCUGCAGCAAAAGACUGAAGCAGCAGCCGCUGCCGCAGCAGCUCAUCCCGUAGAGAUCGACGAAUCGAAAAUUGAUAGGUUGCUGCAUCUGCUCCACGAAGCGAAUCCCGAGGAUCCGUCACAGGACAGCGACGAGAUGCUGCAGCUGGAGCAGGAGGUCCAUCAGAUGGGCCCGCUGAUUGACGCUGAGCUGGAGCGCGUGGACCGCAAGCACGCUCAGCUGACGCAACUGUCUAGUGAUCUUGUGGAUGCCAUCAAUCUUUAUCAUACCUUGAUGCGGGACGAUCGGGUUGCAGCUGGACAAUUUGCUGCCGCUGCAGGCGGCUUCAUGCCUGGACUAGCUGGCUUUCCGGGUGCCGCUCUGUAUGGUGCUCCAGGCUACCCCGCAGCGGGUGGAUUCCCUCCGGCCCAAAACUAUCCGGGUAUGCACUCGCUGCCAUAUGGCCCCGUACCAAAUCCUACCAAUGGGGCUCCAUCGCAGGCCCCUGGAGCUCCUGGUGGCUAUCUGGGUCAACCACAAGGUCAGGUACCACUGCCCUAUCAAAAUGGACACGCCGCACAGAUGAAUUCGCUGCCCACCCAUUUGACUCAGCCAGCUGCUGCUGCCCCUUUGCCGCAGCCCAUCUACACUCAGCCCACUCCUGUGACCACCCAGCAACAGCAGGCGUUACCCCAGCACCCGCAGCAGCCGCCACAGCAUCCCCAGCAGCCACCUCAGCAUCCCCAGAACAGCUAUCACAUCGACCCCCAGUCGCAGUACGCCCAAGUUCCGCCCGCAGUCACACAAAUCCAGCAGCCGCAACAGCCUCCAGCCCCCCACGCGUUCAUGUCGCCACAGCAUCAGCAGCCGCCGCCUCCGCAGGGCUACCAGCCAGGACCAAAUCUGUAUGCACCGAACGGAUCGCCAGCCGUCAACCCACAGAGCUACAUGUCAGCACAGCAGCAUCAGCAGCAGCAGGCUCCACAGCAGCACCCACCACACGAUCAGUUCAGUCAGCUGCACCAGCAGAUGGCCGCCAUUUCCAUGGCUGGGGGACCGCCAGUUGGGGCGCCCGGCUAUCACAUGCAGAACGAUGCUGUCAAGAACAACAUUCCUAUCUACCAGCAGCAGCGGUAAGACCGCUGGAAUUCAAUAACGCCCUUCACUUGGUUUGCUACAGUUUGCCCAAAACGAACUUUGUCUCCAGUCUGUCAAAAAGAUGCAAACAAGUAGCUUAGUCCCGGAUAACUUUCCGAUGCACGCGAGUUGUCAAAUCUCUACAAUGUAUAUUUUGUGGGGGCCGCAAAAAGCAAUUGUCAGUGAACCAAAUUCGACUAUCCUUAAAGAUAAUGAGAGAAGCCAAAUUGAUUAAAAAGUGUCCCCUUACAUUUUUUGUUUUCGAUUUUUUGUAAUGUUUAUUUUUGGCCAAAAGGUAAAAGAGUCGGAAAUAUAUAUACCAUAUAAAUAUUCUAUAUUCAACACCAUGUAUAACUUUGUAUUUAGUGCAGAAGAGAUAACUAUUAUGUAUUAUGUUUAUUGUACGGAUUAUAUGAUAACAUUAACAAAACGAAUCACAUUCAUUAAAAUCAUUCAAAUAUACUAAGAAAA